UCUGACGUCAACGAGAUUGUCUGCGCUAGGUGAGUCUCGCGCACACUGCCUCCCUUCCCCUCCUCUGUCGGUUAUUGUGAAGAGAUUGAACGAUGAGAUCGCUCGCGCUCGCUGUCAUCAGUGCCGCCCUAUAGAGACCCCUCAGCCCCGAGGCUCGAAUACAACGACCCCACCCCCCGCUCCAAGAGGGACGGAGCGCAAUCCAUAGAGGCACGGAGAAAAAGCCCUGUUCGGACCCGGCUUCAUUUGCCCUCAAUCCGGGCCUCAUGCUGUAGCAGACUGAACGAGCGAGAGCGAGAGACAAACAUACAAAUUGAGUCGGCGAGGGACAGGGCGGAAUAGAGGAGAAGAAGGGAUUGUUCAUUCGUCUCUAGACAUGGGAUGUACUCUCAGCGCUGAGGAGCGCGCUGCUCUGGACAGGAGCAAAGCCAUCGAGAAAAAUCUGAAGGAUGAUGGAGUCACUGCCGCAAAGGAGGUGAAACUGCUACUGCUUGGGGGAGGAGAAUCGGGCAAAAGCACCAUCGUCAAACAGAUGAAGAUUAUCCAUGAGGAUGGCUUUUCUGGGGAUGAUGUGAAGCAGUAUAAGCCUGUGGUCUACAGCAACACCAUCCAGAGUUUGGCUGCCGUCCUCCGAGCUAUGGACUCUCUGGGCAUCGAGUACGCAGACAAGGACAGAAAGGCGGAUGCUAAGCUGGUGUGUGAUGUGGUCACUCGUAUGGAGGACACAGAGCCCUACUCAGCAGAGCUGCUGACAGCUAUGAAGCGUCUGUGGGCUGAUGCCGGGACCCAGGAGUGUUUCAACAGGGCCAGGGAGUACCAGCUCAAUGAUUCCGCUGCCUACUACCUGGACAGUUUAGACCGUAUUGGUGCUGCUGACUACCAGCCCACCGAGCAGGACAUCCUGAGAACCCGAGUCAAGACCACUGGCAUCGUGGAGACCCAUUUCACCUUCAAAAACCUGCACUUUAGGCUGUUUGAUGUUGGAGGUCAGAGGUCAGAGAGAAAGAAGUGGAUUCACUGCUUUGAGGAUGUGACGGCCAUUAUCUUCUGUGUGGCGCUAAGUGGCUAUGAUCAGGUUCUGCAUGAGGAUGAAACCACUAAUCGCAUGCACGAGUCCCUUAUGCUCUUCGACUCUAUCUGUAACAACAAGUUCUUCAUCGACACCUCCAUCAUCCUCUUCCUCAACAAGAAGGAUCUGUUCGAGGAGAAGAUUAAGAAGUCACCACUGAGUAUCUGUUUCCCUGAAUAUACAGGUGCUAACACUUAUGAUGAUGCUACCGCAUACAUUCAGGUGCAAUUUGAGAGUAAGAGCCGUUCGCCCAACAAGGAGAUCUACUGUCACCUGACCUGUGCCACUGACACAGGAAACAUCCAGGUAGUGUUUGACGCAGUCACUGACAUCAUCAUCGCCAACAACCUGAGGGGGUGUGGCUUAUACUGAGGCCUAGCCCUGCACAGAGGUUGCAUUGGAGGGCGUGAGGUGGUUAAUAAUAAUAAUAAUUUUGAUGAUAUUAAAAGGCAUAAUUAUGUAAAUCUACACGUCCAAAGGGACCCAAAGAGCUGCCGCCAGACACCACGACGGAUUCUUUGCCAUGUUCUGUUCCUCUAUUCCUUUUUUUAAUUUCAGAAUUCCACCACCCCUCUUUUGUUUAUUUGUUAUCAACAUGUGUUUCCUACUGAAUGUCUUUCAUGUUUUGUUGUUGAUUGUAUGAACAACUGUAAGAUGUGAAUCAGAAAAGGGACGGUCCAAGGGGUAUAUUCUGUUUUCGUGCCAUGUUUCGCAACAAAUUAGAUAGAAAUGUUAUGCAUAGAGUGGAGAAGGUCUUCUUUUCCUUGUGAUAGAGAUUUGUGUCAGUUCUAUACAUAACAUCUCUAUCUGCAACAUCCAGAACAUUGAGCCCCAAUGAAUGUACCCCUUGGUGCUCCGUUUGCAGAGGUGAUGUUGUGCUCUAGGUGAUGAUGUAAUAGGGGAGGUACUGGUGGCUGGGGCUCGUAGUGGGGGUUCUGUCCAGCGUUGGAUAGAACCCCCCUCUCUGUUGGACUCACACAGGGCUGCUCUACAUGAGCUCCUUCUGCUCUGUUUUAUUCCUCUCUCUUUCAAACAUCCAGAAGGGGGGGGCGGUUCUGUUUGUGUGGCAGGCUCUGCCAUUGGUCUCCUGCAGUGUGAUGAAAUGUCUGUCAGCCAAUGAUAUAUCUGUGUCGGGAAAGUGUGAUAUCAGUGCCAACCUUCUGAGCAUGACAGAUAGGGGAAUAGAAUUAGAGAUCAUUGAUCACUUUCACACUAUCUUUACAAUAUAAUGUAAUUGAAGGGACGCGUACGCUUUAUUAUCAUCAAAUUAUUUAUGGAUUUUAUUUCAACUUCAUGCCCUCCAUGCUUCCUCCUACCUCCUAGAAUCCCGUGCCACAUAUUUAUUUCCUCUCCUGUCAGACCGGUGGAACACCACUUCCUGUCUCAGUCUCAGAGGGUCUAGAGCUGCUCGGAUGGACCGUCUCAAAUGUCACCUCCCAUGUAGUGUACUACUUCUUCAAAAGUAGCACAUCAUAUGGGGAUUAGGUUAUCGUUUUAGACUUGCACACUCAAGUCCACUGGUCAGUGAUGUAUCAUAUGGUUGUCUCCUGGUCUCCUCUCACUUAUCAUUUAUCACUGAGAUGAAAGGACUGGAUAGGUUUCCACUGUGAUGUUUUAACUCACUAGUCCUUAAAGAUUUGUAGUUUUAGGAGAGGACAGCCACAGACCACUGACCAGUCUCUCUGCUUGUUCAAAAGGGUCUUCCUGGGUGCUCUUUAUGUAAUAAACCAUUAAUAUGUGAAUGCUCAGUUAUUUGGAAGUUGAGGUAAUUUGUAGAUUAGAUAAGCCACACAGUUCUUAGCUCAGGAUGACCCUUGUGAGCAAGCAUGCUGAAUUCCAAAUCCAUUCAUACUACCCCCUCUAGGCAUUCCUGUAGAUUUGAAAGGAUUUGAUUGGUUUAACCUUUUCAUGUCCAUAACGGAAAUGUAUAAUAUCCUUUAGUACACAUGUUCUCUGAGUUUACUGAUGGACAAAUCUGAAGAUUUUUUUUACAUCGGCCACAGAGUUUGUCUACAAUGUGAGUUUUUGAUAUUGUACUAUAUUUAGUCUUUGGACACAUGGGGUUACUGGUUUUCACACAUUUCAUUAAUCAAGUCCUGUAAAUACAUGUUCAAUUUAUCAGAUCUUUUACAUUUUUGACUUAUAGAUUGUCCGGACCAAUAUAUAAAUAUAUGAAAACAAUACCUAAAGAAAUCCACACACACACACACACACCCCUAGAGUGCAUGCAGUAUAAGCCCAUCAAAUGCAAGUCAAUAGAGACUGGAGAGUGAGUGAUUUUACAGCAUUGUCCCUCUUUCUCAGAUCUUAAACAUGUUCACAUCUUAAUCAUUUUUGCUAUAUAGAUUGUCUGGACCAAUAUAUAAAUAUAAAAACAAUAUCUAAAGAAAUCCACACACACUCCUAUAGUAUAUUAUACAGCAUAAGCAAAUCAAAUGUAAGUCAAUGGCGAGUGAGGCCUGCUACAGCAUUCUCCCUCUUUCUCUCCCUCUCUCACAAGCACACGCCUGUGUAUACACACCACAGACAUCAAUGCACACCUGUGUGUGUGUAUGUCUGUGGUAUGUGUGUGUGUGAUAAAAUUACUCCAUUGAAUUUGCUUAUACUGCAUAUACUCUAGGGUUGUCUGUGUGAGAGGGUGUGGAUUUCUUUACAUAUUGUUUUUGUAUUCAUAUAUUGGUCUAGAGAAUCUAUAUAGCAAACAUUAUUAUGAUCUGAACAUGUUUAAGAUCUGAGAAAGAGAGAACAUGUUGUAAAGUGUUUCUCUCUGCAGUCUCCAUUGGAUUUGCAAAUACUGCAUGUACUCUAGAGGUGUGUGUGUGAGAGAGUGGAUUUCUUUCGAUAUUUUCAUAUUUACAUUGGUCCGGUCAAUCUAUAUACCAAAAAUGAUUAAGAUUUGAUCAUUUGAACAUGACAUGAUUCGUGUAAUGUGUAAAAUACAGUAACCCCAUGUGCCCAAAGACUAAAUAUAGUACGAUACAGAAAUGGCUGUAGUUCACAAACAACGAGUUGAAUCAUCUAUUUGGCAUAUUUGGGCUUAAACGGGUCAAAGAACAAUACUUUAUGCUUUUAAAAUAUAUAAUUCUGAAAUGUAUUUCAAAAUACAUAUGCUGAAGUCAUUUUAAUGAUUAUUAUUGUCACAAAAUCCCAAUUUUGGAGGUAUGAUAGAUAGUGACAAUCUUAAAACGUCAAUGUGGCCUGUCUAGACACUUGUACUAACUAUGUUAUCACCAAAUGUAAUGCAUUUACACCAAAUAGAAUUUGUUCAGUGGCACAUUUUGAUAUUGUACUAAAUAUAGUACAUGGAGGUGAAUGGGUUAGACAAUAUGGUAAUUGUGUCACCUUCUCUUCUGAUAGAGUGGGUGGUAUUUUUGCCAAAUUGCUUAUAUAUAUAUAUAUACACAAUUGUUUUAGAUCUACAGGCAUGCCCAAGCGGCAGGGGCUGGGGUAGAGUUGGAAUUCAGCAGCAGUCUCUCAGUGGGGAGUUUGGGUUAACCCUAACCCCUAUCCCCUGACCUCUUAACCCUGAGCAGGCCACAGUCAAACUCCGGCUGUCACGUUCUCUCUUUUCACAGAGGAAAAGUACUGCUCUCCACUCAUUCACCUGUGCACCUGAAGAUGCAUCCUAUCCCUCUAUACUCUCUCUAUCACGUGUCGUUCCUCAUUUCUCUCAAUCCCCCUUUCCAUUUUCACCUUGAACACCGUACUGUAUAUAUAUGAUUAUACCAGAUUUCUUUUUUUUUUUUACUGUGAAUGCUUUUGUUCUGCACCCCUUCCUCCUCCGUAGUUUAUUGGUUGCUCUCUCAUGUGGAAUGUUUGUGCUGAGCCAAUCGAAUGUUGUGUUUACAUUAAAGCCACACUUUUCCUAACUA